AUGUCCAAGAAAGAUUCUUGGAGAAGAGAGGAUAGAAUCUAUUGGCAAGGCUAUUCGUCUUGGAAAGAGAACAAGCAGACUUUUAAGGCCAACACCAACAACAUCAAUUACAACAACAACAGUAGCAACAACAACAACGGCAGCAGCAACAACAACAACAGUAAUUACAACAAUUUCAAAAAGACGGAGAUGAUACAAACCCCUUAUAACUUAAGGCCAAGAAAUAAAAUUAAUUUUAUUAAUGAUAUUAUGAUUGAUUUUCAAGUUAAUAAUUAUGAUUUUUCUUUUAUGAUAGAUACUGGUUCUCCGGGGUCAUCCUUGCCCAUGAAAGAGUUUGAAAAGCUUACGAAGGAUGAAGUUGUUAAUACUAAAGAGAUAAGAGAUAGGAUGGGGACAAAUACACAAAAAACAUCUUUAGCCGAAUCAUUAUCAGAUUUAAAUUCCUACGUCAAUAUCGAAGAAAAUCUUAAAGGGAAAAGUGUAACUUUGAUUCUAAAUUCAGCUGCUAAAAUAUUUAAUCAAGCUAAAGAUUUUAAUAGCAAAGGAGAGCUUGAACUUGCCUACAUAUCAUUUAUGAAAUUUUUUCAAUGUAUUAAAGUGGUUCAAGAUUCAAAAGAAUAUAGAAAAGAAAAAGUUUUCUAUGAUCAAUUACUGGGUCAUCAACAAAUUGAAUCUAUCAAAAAGGCAGAGGAACUUUCAGAAUAUCUUAAAAGGGACUAUGAAAAGCAAAGGAAGGAAAAGUUAUCAAACAUAAAGAAAUUAUCAAAUAUAGUAUUGGAUUUUAAAGAUGCUAAUUAUUCAGAUAAAAAUGAUCCUAUAUCUCCUAAAAUUGCUCUAACUAACAAAGAGCCACAAUAUUACCUUACUGUGGAUAAUAAUCAUACACUAAAUACAUCUGAUGAAACAUUGUUGUCUGAGAAUGAUAAUAAUUGUAAUAUAAAUGAAUUUACAAAUACUCAAAGGAUGACAAUUAAUUGUAAGACCCAAUUAGAAGUCAUAGAAUUACACAAAUUAUUUGAUCUUUAUGCAUUAUGUCCUCAAGAUCCUGUAGCUUUAUUUUAUAAGCAUAAAAUACUUAAUGUUAAAGAUUAUAAUUUAAAUGAUACAUUGGCUGAUUAUUUAUUAAUUAUUGAUGUUAGAUCCUUCAAGGAUUACAACAUUUCUAGAGUUUUACACCCAUUUUCUAUCAAUAUACCACCGGAAAUUUUAAAUCAAAGUUUUAGUUCUGGAGAUGUAAAUGAUUGGUACCAAAGAAUUUAUUCCAAUAGAAAUGAGGCCAAAUUUUGGGAUGCACUUAGCUGCUUUGAUAAUAUAAUCAUUUUAGAUGAAUUUGGAAACGAAAAGGAAACUCAAUAUGGUUCAGUAGCAAAUCUUUCCCAAAAAUUAGAUCCAAUAAAGCGCAUUGUUGACAUAUUGUGGCCGAUAAAAAAGGCUUAUCAGAAUCUGUAUUAUCUUAAAGGCGGGUUUAAAGCUUGGUCACGACAAUAUCCGAUGUUAACUACACAUGUUCCUAGCAUAGCCGAUGCGAAGGACAUGAAAAUGACCAAUAAUAUAGAGAGUUCCCAAUCCUCGGAAUGUUCCUCAAAAAUUUUUCCCGCAAAUUUAAGGAAAGAAGGUCUAUUUCACAAAAACAAGGACAAUUGCGGGUUACCCAAGUCAAAUAUCUUACCCCCGAAAAAGCGAUUGCCACAAAGUUUUGACAAAAAUUUAGAUAAAAACAAUAUGUUGGCGAAAAAGGAAGAUAAAAAAUUAUACCCCGACACAGAUGAACUGCUAGAAUUCGCGUCGCAAAAGCAAUACGUAAAAGCUAACAGAAAGCGAUCAUCACCGAGAACCAAUACUAGAUCAAAUACGGACCAUCCAAAAAUGUCAAUUCAAACUAUCAGCGAGAUGCCACAUAACUCUUUUAAGGAUGGUUAUAUGCAAAAAUUAAAAACAAGUCAAAUAGAUGUAAUCGAUUCUAACCCUAAAACUACUAUGUCAGUAAAGGAUAUCAGAGAUCAAGAUUUUUUAUCAAAACACGGCGUUGAAUCUUCCUUUACAUCAAUUCAUCCUGAAUCCUUGGCGAUUCCUUUAUCGGCUAACAAGAAUCUAACAAAUUUCCCAAAUAUCCCCCCAUUAAACGAUAUCCAUAUAAAUGAAGCGAGUAGCUAUCAAAUGCCAUAUAAUGUUCCGAUCCAGUCCGCACCUUAUCUUCUCAAUAACGACGCCAAAAUUUCACAAUACACUUAUCACGCUAGUCCCUACGUAAAUAGCCAGGCGGUUCCUUACAAAUAUGAUCCCUAUUUAACUAAUAUUAAUUAUUUUAGUCCCAAUUAUAAUACAGAUGUUCUUGACCGCAGACGCGAUAAUAACUUAAACUCAUCUAAUUACGCGCAACCGGAAAUACCCAUAUCAAAUCCUCAUUACAACACUUUUGGGAACGAGAAUAAUUCUAUCAACUCUCAAUUCAACACUGCUUAUCAUAUAAACUACCAAAAUCAUAACCCCAAUUAUACUCGUUUUUCCUAUCCUACCAACAACUCGCCAUUUUGCAGAACCAGAUCUAAUCCCGAUUUGCUUAACACUUGCCAUUCAAUAGUACUCCCCAAUUCGUUAUUGGGGACGGAUGAUUUCGAUUGUGGGAGUAGGCCCCAGCAGAUUUCCAACUUAGAUGCCGGCAUAAAAUAUUUUAACAAAUUGAAAAUCUCCUUGGGUCAUGAUCAGAAUGAAUGUAUUAAGGAUGAUAAUCAUCCAGUCAAACAUACCAAAAACGGACAUUCGUUGUUUUCACCAGAUUAUCAGCCGAAAUAUAAAGCGGUGAAUAUUCAAGAUUAUUCCUCCUCUUCUACCCUCUCUAAUUUUCCGAAAAUUGACCGGUCCCUAAAGCCUUAUAAACCUUCCAAUUCCUCUCUUAAAUUGUCGACAAAUACCCUCGUGGGUGGAAAUCGAUAUUACGACUCCGUAAACGACCAACACAAAGACCCGGAAAACGUAAAUACUGGUUACUUAAUAAAUCGCGCAUCGUCAUCCGAAGAGGAUUCCCCUUUGAAGUACAAGAAUUACCCACCGUUAGAAGCGGAUAAUGAAGCCACUGAAUCUGAUCGGCACAAAGAUCACGCGGCAGAAGAAAUUAAUUCGAGAUCAUAUUCCUACGAAAACCUUGAUACACCAACUUAUAGCUCAAGAGUACCAAACUUAACUAACAUUAGUAGCCAUUCGUUAGCUUCUGCCCAACAAAAUAAUUAUUCCCAUUCUAUCCCGAACUAUGGUUUGACAGGCAUAUUGAACACCGGGAACUCUUGUUUCAUCAAUUCGAUCUUGCAAGGCCUAUCCCACACUACACCCUUGGCCGAAUACUUUGUUAAUAAGCGAUACCUCAAGCAUUUAAAUUAUAAUAAGAAAAACAAAAAGUUUAACCAAUCACAGCAAAGAUCAUUAGCUGCAGAGUUCGCGGGCGUUGUUGGAGCCCUUUGGAGGGCGGAAUAUCUUUCCAUAAAUCCCAUCAGUUUUUCUAACACGAUGUCGCAAUACGCCCCCUUAAUAGAGAUCGGGACACAGCAGGAUAGUCACGAAUUAUUAACGUUUCUAAUAGAUGGACUCCACGAGGAUUUAAACAUAGCCAAUACCUCGGUUCUUACUGACACGCAAAAUCAAAAUAAUGAAUCUCAAACAAAUAUGAACAUUCCCGAUUCUCUCGCCUCAUCCAAAGCUUGGAAAGCCUAUCGAAAAUCUAAUGACUCCAUUAUAGUUGAUUUGAUGAGUGGUCAAUUAAAAUCGGUAGUUCAAUGUCAAAAAUGUUCGAAGGAAUCAAUAACUUUCGAUACAUUUCAAGGGCUCUCGUUGCCUCUGCCCGCUAAUGGCAGAUGUACAGUACAAGAUUGUUUGAGGCUUUUUUUAUCCCCGGAACCCAUUUCAGACUGGCGAUGUCCAAAUUGCAACAAAAGAACUCGAGCCUGCAAAAAAUUAUUUCUUUGGAGCAUACCUCCCAUACUCAUUAUUCAUUUAAUGAGGUUUAAAAACGAGGGACAAACACACAAAAAAAUUACGACUUGCGUCGAUUUCCCUUUAAACGGUUUCGAUCUCUCUAAUUAUUGUUCUUCCAGCAGGGAGGAUUUAAACGCAGAUUACAAGACGCUUUCGGAAUACUCGCUCUACGCAAUUUCGAAUCAUUAUGGAACAUUGGAUGGGGGUCAUUAUACAGCCUUUUGUAAAAAUCCCUUUGAUUUAAAAUGGUACAAAUACGAUGAUCAACAAGUCACUCAGAUAGAUAACGCCGACGUAAGGACAUCAGCUGCAUACAUAUUAUUUUACACAUCUUUGGGUACACAUAUUCCUGACUUUCUAACACAAUAAAUUAUAAACAAGCUAAUGAAAGAAGUAAUGACACCUAAAGGCUCAAAUAUAUUCCAUUAAUUUUUAUGCGCGCACAUAAAUAAUAUUUAUAUAAUAAAUUGAAAUAUAAAUAAAGAAUAAUUAUAUGCACAUGACUUUAUUAUCAUUAUAUUUGUAUUAAUAAUAAUAAAUGUUUUGAAUUUUAAUAAAUUUGCUUGGUCAAUGAUUCAAAUUUAUUUCACAUAUAUUGAAGAGAUGAACUAAUCUACUUGGCAUCUACUAAUCAACGGCUUCUACACCCUCUUAAGUCACUGACGAUUUAGCCCCCUCAAAAUUUCCCCCCCCCCCCUUCACUCUUGAAAAUUAUAUACACAAUACCUCUGAAACCUUAAAUAA